GCAAGAUGGCCGACACGACGGCCACUGCUGGGGCUGGCAGCUCCGGAACGAGAUCAGGAGGUAAACAGUCCACUAACCCUGCUGAUAACUACCAUCUAGCCCGGAGGCGAACCCUGCAAGUGGUUGUGAGCUCCUUGCUCACAGAAGCAGGGUUUGAGAGCGCUGAAAAAGCAUCUGUGGAAACGUUGACAGAGAUGCUACAAAGCUACAUUUCAGAAAUUGGGAGGAGUGCCAAGUCUUACUGUGAGCACACAGCCAGGACCCAGCCCACGCUGUCGGAUAUCGUGGUCACACUUGUUGAGAUGGGUUUCAACGUGGACACGCUCCCCGCUUACGCAAAGCGGUCUCAGAGGAUGGUCAUCACUGCCCCUCCAGUGACCAAUCAGCCGGUGACUCCCAAGGCCCUGAUUGCAGGGCAGAACCGACCCCACCCGCCGCACAUCCCCAGCCAUUUUCCGGAGUUCCCUGACCCCCACACCUACAUCAAAACUCCGACAUACCGGGAGCCUGUAUCGGACUACCAGGUCCUGCGGGAGAAGGCUGCGUCCCAGAGACGAGAUGUAGAGCGGGCUCUCACCCGUUUUAUGGCCAAGACAGGCGAGACCCAGAGUCUUUUCAAAGAUGAUGUCAGCACGUUUCCAUUGAUUGCUGCCAGGCCUUUCACCAUCCCCUACCUGACAGCUCUUCUUCCAUCUGAGCUGGAGAUGCAACAAAUGGAAGAGACGGAUUCCUCAGAGCAGGAUGAGCAGACAGACACCGAGAACCUCCCUCUUCAUAUUAGCACGGAUGAUUCUGGAGCCGAGAAGGAGAACACCUCUGUCCUGCAGCAGAACCCCUCCUUGCCAGGGAGCCGGAAUGGGGAGGAGAACAUCAUCGAUAACCCCUACCUGCGACCUGUGAAGAAACCCAAGAUCCGCAGGAAGAAGUCCCUCUCGUGAGCUGAGAAGGAAGCCUGCCUUGUACAGAGACGUGGACACCACCUUCCUGGGGGAGUUAAAGCCACUCGAGGGAAGAAGAGUGGGUGGCUUCCUCGUGGCCCAGCCAAGGCUGCCUGGGUGUGACCGGGCAUGAUUUUAGUAGCAAACUCUAUAUUAAGAUGACCUAUUUUCACUGGAUGUUUGGGUUGAGUAAGAUACAAUGGUAAUAACGAGGCUUUCAUAAUCGAGCAGGCCAUCCUGUGGGGCGUGGGAACAGCCGGUGACCUCAUUUGUUGUCAUAGGACUUGAUUCCUUUGGAACUUGGAAGGCCAGGGGAGGUGGCAGGAGAGAAAGGGCCAGAAAGACUCUUUGCCUAGUUGCUAUUUCAGGGUAUCCGGGUCCCUUUGAUUGACUCGCAGACAGUCUCUCUGUGCCACCAAUUUCUCUUCCUAAGACCUCCUUGUUUCUCUCCUCACCAGGGCUCCAGGUGCCCUGUUGAGCUGAGCAAAGGUAACUUGGUCCCCCCGCACCAUGUUGGAAACAGGAGGCCCCCACAUCACACUCCUUGAUCGGGGCGGCAGGAGUCGGGGGGCCUGGGCAGAUGGGAAAUGAGGAGAGUGGUGGGGAAGGGCAGCGGCGAUUCUCAAGAGCUUCUGAUGCAUUUCCUGAAACAGGGCCACGCUGUCUCCUGAGAGAUCUGUCAUUUCUAUCCCUCUGUGGAAUGUAUGCUUGGGAACCCCCAAGUCCUGCCCCGUGCUGGGAAAAGAGUUCUCUGUGACAAGAGCCUGCCUAGAUCCGUGCGUCUAUUACGCUGUAGCCUGACAGAGGAAUCAUCGUGGAAUCAACAGGAAAAGGAUCUGAUGGGGGUCGGGGGGUGGGGGAUGAGAUUUGAGGGCUGGAUUUGGCCUUGUGUUCUGAGAGCUGAGGAGUCUGCUCGGUCUCCGGGAAGGCUGGCACGGACAGAGGGCUAUGCUCCCCCCUUAUGGUGGAAGUGGGCUGAGAGCAGCCAGGCCAAGGUGUUCUUCCAGAAGCACGUCUGAAUUUGUUCAACCUCUUUGCCUCCUGGGAAGAGAAGAUUUCGUUUUUGAUGUACCCAACACACCAAACAAGUGUUUAAGGAAGAUAUUGGGUAAGCUGAUACCCUUUGGCUGGUCUCUGGAGGAAGAGAUUUAAAAACCAAGUCUAAGGAAGAAAAAUGCCAGUGACACCUGCAAGUUUACACAGAAUACUCGAGUUCCCUGGCUUAACAUCUUCAAGUCCAUAUUGAACUCUCUUUAUACUCGGCUUCCACUGUCAUCUCUUAAUCUUCCGGCUUUUGGGACUUGAAAACUCCAAAAACUUGGUGACUGGACAGCAGGCUCCAUGUUCCUCUGGCCUCACUGUUCUCUAGGGCAUUCCAUCCCAUCUAGAAGGAAAGAGCUGCUUGUCAGUAACUGAAGGAGUCAGGGUGGGGGCGUUGCUAGUGAGAAAUUUGGAUUCCUCAUCUCUGGACCACAUAAGAGUUCUUCAGGUUUGUAGUGACCUGAAACUCUUCCCGUUCAAAGCAGUCAGGUGAGCCUGUGCUGGCCCCUCGGCGUGCGUGAUUCGGCUCCCGACGGUGCUCGGCCUAUUCAGUUACUUAACUCCAGUACCAUGUUUGAGCCAGGGCAGGUGCGGCGGAAACCUCCCCGGCUUGCUGCCUUCAGGGCUCUCGGGGGCAGUCGUCCCAGCCAACAUUUCCGCAGAUCCUCUCUUGCUGUUAAACCAUCUAAAACAAACACCUGUUGAGUGCCUGUCACGCUGAGGGAGAAGGUGGGAUUUGGAAAAAGGCGCCGUUUCUGCUGCGAGAAUUUCAGAGGCUGUACUGCUGUAAUUCUGUUCUGGAUGAGCCACCUGGGAGAUGGUUGGGCAACUUGAAACAUUGAUCCGACUGUUGUCAUUGUGUAAAAACUGUGCAUACUUCUCAGUAUAUUUAUAAAUUUCUAUUUUUUAUAACUUUGGGGGAAUUCUUAGAGGGAAAAUGGCCAGAUUAAGAAUGUGAUUUACGAGCUGUUAAUAAAAGAUCAUAAAAACUUCAUAAAUGAAACAGAA